ACCCCAGGCCGCCUCCCCGCCGCCGCCGCCGCCGCCGCCUCCCCGCCGCCCGGCCUCCCUGCGAGCGCUCCACCAUGGACAGUCCUGUUUUCACCUUAUAAAGAUGGCGGUGCGGGAUCGCUGCAACCUUUAGACUAAUGACUGUCCGAAACAUCGCCUCCAUCUGUAAUAUGGGCACCAAUGCCUCUGCUCUGGAAAAAGACAUUGGUCCAGAGCAGUUUCCAAUCAAUGAACACUACUUCGGAUUGGUCAACUUUGGAAACACUUGCUACUGUAACUCCGUGCUUCAGGCCUUGUACUUCUGCCGGCCGUUCCGGGAGAAUGUGUUGGCUUAUAAGGCCCAGCAAAAAAAGAAGGAAAACUUGUUGACGUGCCUGGCAGACCUUUUCCACAGCAUUGCCACGCAGAAGAAGAAGGUUGGCGUGAUCCCACCAAAGAAGUUCAUUUCGAGGUUGAGGAAAGAGAAUGAUCUCUUUGAUAACUACAUGCAGCAGGAUGCUCACGAAUUUUUAAAUUAUUUGCUAAACACUAUUGCGGACAUCCUGCAGGAAGAGAAGAAACAGGAGAAACAAAACGGAAAAUUAAAAAACGGCAACAUGAACGAACCUGCGGAGAAUAAUAAGCCAGAACUCACCUGGGUCCAUGAGAUAUUUCAGGGAACGCUCACCAAUGAAACUCGAUGCUUGAACUGUGAAACUGUUAGUAGCAAAGAUGAAGAUUUUCUUGACCUUUCUGUUGAUGUGGAGCAGAAUACAUCUAUUACCCACUGUCUAAGAGACUUCAGCAACACGGAAACACUGUGUAGUGAACAGAAAUAUUAUUGUGAAACGUGCUGCAGCAAACAGGAGGCCCAGAAGAGGAUGAGAGUCAAAAAGCUGCCCAUGAUCCUGGCCCUGCACCUAAAGCGCUUCAAGUACAUGGAGCAGCUGCACAGGUACACCAAGCUGUCCUACCGGGUGGUCUUCCCGCUGGAGCUCCGGCUCUUCAACACCUCCAGCGAUGCGGUGAACCUGGACCGCAUGUACGACCUGGUCGCGGUGGUGGUUCAUUGCGGCAGCGGUCCGAAUCGUGGGCAUUAUAUUACUAUUGUGAAAAGUCAUGGCUUCUGGCUUCUGUUUGAUGAUGACAUUGUAGAGAAAAUAGAUGCCCAAGCUAUUGAAGAAUUCUAUGGCCUGACAUCAGAUAUAUCAAAAAAUUCAGAAUCUGGAUAUAUUUUAUUCUAUCAGUCAAGAGAAUAAUUUAAAGAACCGUGGGACUAAUUCAAGUGGGGCAAAAUAUUCAAAGCACUAUUACCUGGUUUCUCUGCAGACUUUCUUCUUCCCCAGCAGCCCACCAGUGGUAUUACUCCGAGUCUCAAUGGUCUGGCUGUGUUAGACUCUCUCGCCCCUUGUUUUUUUACAUACAGCACUACUUGUGGUCUUAUUUUAGUCUGAGGUAGAGUUAACUGCAAUCAGAUUGUAGUAAGAUUUAUAUGAAUAACAGUUGCUAAUUUUAGGAUUGGGUAAAUGCUAUGCCACUGGCUCUGUCUGGCUGAAUUAGAAUGACAUUUCCUCUGAAUGUCUACCGUCUAUUUGGGGUCUUUGCUAAACUUCCUAAAUGGCUUCCGGGGUCUCCUUUCAAUGCAUUCCUUUAAGUUGCCCCUGGAAACGUUGCUCCCCAUUUUUAGCUUCUCUGCUUCUUUUCUGACAGAAGGACAGAAGAAUUGGGUAGAUGGCCACCUUUUAGGGGGCUGCAACUGUAGCUUUAAGUUUGUGCAAGUGAAAAUGUUUAAAAGUGAGUGACCUCGAUACUGAAAUCAUCCUCCAGGUGGAACAGGAUGAAGAGAAGCUGUUCAUGGUGGCUAGCAUCUGCCAGGGGGCGUGCUCACCUAGCUGUUAGAAUUCCACGGGCUAAGAAGGUGUGGAGCUCAGGGCAGGCAAAGCCAAGAGGAGGCGGCUUUUGUGGACAGUGAAAAGUUACUUUUCUUACCUUUCUGCCAAAACUAAGUUUCAGGAAAAUAACUCUAUGCUGUUUGUUUUUAGUGACACUUUUCUUCUGUCAGGUCAUGUGAGUUGUAUCUAUCCUUUAUCUGGCACUGCUAAGCUUUCCAAGGUAUCUUUCCAAUCCCGCUGGUGUUUUGCAGUCUGUGCUCCCAGGGCUGAGAUGCCGUGGUGACUGCCUCCAGCACAGCUCUCCUUAGCCAGUCAGUACCAACAUCAUUCUUUAUCAGGAAGAACAAAGGCACUGUACCGUUACUACCAUCAGCCACGCUGUACAACUCUUCACUUUUUAACAUUUCAGUCUGUUUACUGAGGCGCUGGCAAGUCCCAGGGCUAAUAUGGACCCUUCCCUAGAGGGAAUACUGGAGUUAGCUGGGUACGAAGGUGGGUCAAAGGAAGUGUCAGUGGGCAGGCGGAGGAAUGAACAAAAUGGCGGCGUUUCUUUGGCUCAGACUCCUAGGAUGCUUGACAAGACAGAGUUUUUUGGAAGACCCUCAUCUCACCGUAGUUACUUUUACUUUUUUCACUUUUGUUAUAUAUGUAUUUAUUAGAUGGUAUGAGGAUUGGUACCUUUUAUUAAAAGGGUCGAUUUGGUGUUUUGCCGUCAAGCUGGUUUUUGGUUUCCUACAAAUACCAUGAGUCGUAGCUCUUGGCUUCUUUUGGGAGGUCAGUUGAUUUCCAUACACUAUAAUAUACUGUGAACAUAUUAUUUUGUUACCUAAUAAAUCAGCGAAUGAACAUGCAAACAUUUGGCAUAACGUGGACUAAAAUUGAAAUUGAAAAGGUUAGUGGCCGUUUUGCAACAAUUAAGAGCAUAGCACUUUAUCUAGAUGAAAACUGGAUUUGUUAUCUUGAAAUAUCUUGAACUGUUUGUUGCUCAGAACUUAAAUAAGCAUGCCAACACUCAUUUGUUCAUGCUUGAAGUCAAAUGUUCUACUCUUCACUGGAGAAGACAAAAACAGGGUGAUCUUCACGUUAUUGUUUUAUACAAGUGACGAAAAUAUACCUUGCCUUGUUUAGAGGCAAAUUCAUAUUUAUAAAUAUUUUGUCUUUUUUUCCUCCAUGAAACAUAUGCAGUUAUCACUUACCUGGAAGGUGAGUUUUUAUUCUGUUUUUAAGGAGAGACGCUUUCCAGUUGAAGGUGAUUGAUAUAGGGAACUGUUUGUGCCAUAUAUAACCCAUAUAUUUGACUGCAGGUUGCAAAGUUUAAAAAAAUGAUGGUUGAUCUCUAAUAUAUUUGGAA